AUGACCAAAGGCAUGUACUCUCUGUCCCGCCCAGCAGCUGUCACGGUGAACAACAGAUCCACAUUUUCCCGGACAGACACAGCAGAGCACUUCAGUGCCUGGAUCAUGUCUAUGAAGCACCCUCUGGAGACAGUUUGGAGGGUGCCUUCAGCUAGCUGCAAGCCCUCUGAGGCAAAGCUGCAGCAGGUGGCCCGUUAUUGCCAAGAUGGCCCGAAGAUGGAAAGCACUGCCACUAAAGUCAGGACUUCCUAUGUACCACCCGUGCACCCCGCUGGCGGCGGCUCUGGGAGCCCUCCUGGCCCUGCCCUACCACCCCGGAUCACCUCCAGCCUCUACCUCGGUGACGCGGUGGCCACCAACAGCCACCUCCUGCUCUUCAGGCACCGCAUCAGCACCAUCAUCAGCGUCUCCUUGGAGGUGGUGAACACCCUCUGCCCCAGCCUCGAGUACCUGCACAUCCCUGUGAGGGACACCCCUGCCACCCCCAUCUCCAGCUGUUUCGACUCCAUGGCAGCUAAGCUCCUCGGCGUGGGGAUGCCGGGUCGGACGCGGCUGCACUGCGCUGCUGGGGUGAGCAGGUCCACCAUCUGCUUGGCUUAUCUCCAGAAGCACCGCUCCAUGUCCCUGGAGGGCACUUACACCUGGGUCAAGUCCUGCCGUCCCAUCGUAAUACCCAACAACAGCUUCUGGCAGCAGCUCAUCCACCACGAGUACAAACUCUUCGGCGUCAACAGGCUCUGAAUGAUCAGCUCUGCGUCAGGAAUGAUACCCGAUGUUUAUGAAAAUGAAGUAAGAGUAAUGCUGCUGCUCUGA